GUCAGACACAAGGAGUGAGAUUACAAAGCCAAGUAUCUCCCGUGGAGUGAGGCUGGGCGAGAAAAGCUCCCUGGCUGGUUUGAUUGGGUGUCGGGGAGGAGCAGACGGGACUUCGGUUCAUAGUCCGCCUCACAGGUUAGGUUCAGGUGUGUUCGCCCAUGGCGCUUCUCCGGUUCACUCGCUGCACCUUGUUCCUGGCUGGUCUCUCGGCGAUCUCCGGUGUUCCGGCCGAUCCCCUUCCUACGAAGGAAUGUCUAGGGUCCUACAACACCUCGCAAGGCUUCACCCUGCACCCGGAGAGCUGGGAGAAGGGCGCCGAGUUGUUGGAUGUGCGGCGAGUGAACAGUUCCUCGGUGUGUCUCUCUCGCUGCUGCGCCCUGGCGCGGUGUAACCUGGCUCUGAUUCAGGAGUCGGGGCCGGGAGGGCUCAGUUGCCUGCUGGUCAACUGCUUCCACGACCAGAAACCCGUCUGCACGCUUCUCUCUAGCCAGGGCUACCAAGCCAGCUUGAAAUCGGACUCCGCGCUCAAGAAGGCGACGCUAGCAGUGGAUUGCACAAGUCCCUCAAAGACUGGUCCAUGCCGUGCUGCGUUUCCCAAGUGGUAUUACAACACUACAGAACAGACGUGCCAGGAAUUUGUUUACGGAGGCUGCCUGGCCAACCUGAACAACUAUGACAGUAAAGAAGCCUGCAUGAAGACUUGCAAUAAAGCCACAGGGCCUUCGAACAACUUUGUGCCGAUGGUGGGCAGGAGUGUGGUGAGUCUGAAGGAAUGUUCAAAGCAAUGCUCGGCUGAUGAGUUCCUCUGUGCUGAUGGCUGCUGUGUCUCUCUCGACCAGAUUUGUGACGGGACGGCACACUGUCCCGAUGAAUCGGAUCUCCCCUACUGCAAUGCAGUUCGUAUCAGUUACAUACUACUGACUGAAUCUGAAGGCUUGAGUAACCAGGACAACGAGAGAUGUACUGCCCCCAAGGUAGUUGGCAAUUGUCGGGCUGCUUUCCCUCGCUGGUACUUUGACCCCAAAACCCAAACCUGCAACCCGUUCAUCUACGGAGGCUGUAACGGUAACCAGAACAACUACCAGAGUGAGCUGGAGUGCCUGACCACCUGCGCUGGGCAGACGGUGGUUGUUGCCAAAUCGCAGGCUCACAGAGUAGCUAAUGCAGAGGAUAAAGAAUACUGCUUUGCGCCAGCUGUGACUGGGAAAUGCCGUGCCUCCUUCCCUCGCUGGUACUACGACCCCGUGAGCCAGACCUGCCAACGCUUCACCUACGGUGGCUGCAGAGGAAACAAGAACAACUACAAAUCUGAGGAGACCUGCUUGGCCAGGUGCUCGGGAAGGACAGUUGCAGAUAACUGGGAUGACAACGAGGACGGCAGCAACCAUGAGAAGCAGCAUCAAACCGAGUUUCGGCGUCACGUGUCUGCGAUCUCAAUGGUGGUGCUUCUGGCUGUUUGCAUCCUGAUCCUCCUCGGGGGCGUCAUCUACUUCAUUGUCAAGCUGGCAAAGGCCGACCAUGUUGUCUCCUACCAUCGCACACGCUCCGGGGAUGACAAGGAGACCCUCAUCAACACCGUGUAGAGCCCAUGAAGGAGCUGACGCCAAGCAUUUGUGUGUGUGUGGCAAAAGUGGAACAAAUUUUAACACCUCUAUCUUGGUCUUGCCAUCAGCAUUGCUACAAAGAGGGUGCUCUCUGUUCUGACCUGUAAGGCCUUGCUGAUGUCAUUUUCCAUAAACUUUUCUGUCUUAACAUUUUUAUUUUGUUUCUGAUGAAGCAUAGUCUUCACUGCAACAGUCUGGUGGGUCCUCCAUUUAGUUAGUUGACACGGGGCAGAUAAUUAGUCCUGAAGUGGAGCCUCGCUCUGGUCUUUGCCUCUGACCUUAGAUUGACUGAGGGAUUUGUAUCAAAAUCUGAAGGGGUUUUUGUUUCCGGCUGUAACUGGACUUUGAACCUCUGCGUUAGCUACUCUGUUUUCCAGGGUAGUGAACCUUGGACUCUCAUCUAUUCACUGGAAUCUUUAUUGCUAUGUAGCGUUGUAGUGUAUGCACUGUACAGACUGCAGGAACCCAGGGUUGUUUGGAAAUCUUCUUACAGGUUCCAUUUCCUGUAGGAACAAGAAAAUAUUACUUUUGCUCAUGUUUGUUUAAUCUUAUAGCUGAUCUACCAAAGGAAUUCUUACAGGUUGGUUGUAACCUUCCAUGGUAUGGUCUAUAUCCCAACUAUUACUGCUGAAUCUCAGCCAUAAUACUCCACCUGCACUGCCGCCACCUGGGCUGAAGGUGCGACUGAGUGUCCAGGGUACUGACCGUUGGCUCAAUCCUGAGUUCACUGCUUUGUGAGGUGUGAAUAGUUUUACACAUUCCCCAUGAAUGUAACUUGCUGUUAGUGAGAUUAUGGGAUCUGACCCAUAAACAUUUUUUAGCCCUUUCAAUGGAAGAAAUUGAGAACUUUCAAAUCCAUCCAUGUCUGUAUUUCUCCAUUGGGAUUGUGUUGGAAUGCAAACCUAUCCCAAAUGGAGAUAUGGAUUAAAUCCAAAUGCCAGUUGACGCAGGGCGAGAGGACAAGUACUUCUUGCCUCUCGGUGCAGGUGGGGCAACAAACAUGUGACUAGUUGCUGCUAAGAAAUUCAAAUCAAUAAUGUACCAAGAAUCCAGGCUGCAUCCUCCUGCCCCCCGAACACUAGUCACCCCUCUGCUCCAGUGUAGACCCCACAAUACAGGGGCUCAAGGGUGGCACUGACUGCUUCCACAGAAGUAAUUAUGAACAUUAUCUGACGUUUGGAAGUGAGAAGUGUAUGACAGGUACAUAACUGCAAUAUUCAGAUGUAUUCCAACUGUGGCACCCAGUAGCACAAAGCUGGUUUUGACUCCAUUCACUUGUGUAUUUACUGAGGUUGAUCAUCAGUAAACAUUGUGCCUGCUGUGAACCUUUAAUCUUGCUUCCUCGCCCUGCUGUGAUUUUUCUUCUUGCUCAUUCUCUUGAGGUCCAUGUCACCAAUCAAUCCAGUCCCUGCUCGAACAAGGAGCAGUCCUCUGCCCUCUGUCUACCUGUGGCUUUGGGAGAUGAAUUGGCAGUCUCUGUGGGUGUGGGGUAGGGUCAGGGAGAGCAGGAGCUUGGGGCAAAAUUUGUCAUUAUUCUUCAGAGAAAUGUCUCAUCCAAUGGGCGGGAAAAAAUCAACUGUCCAACUCCUGAAUCUCCAGCUUUCUCAGCACCUCUCCUGCCAUGGUUGGUGUCUGUUCCCAAUCGUACCACCUGGCAGCCCAGUGGUAAUGCUAGGGUGCUCCGGUUUGGAUAAUUACCCUAUGAAGGAAUCGGGGUAGCGAUCCUGAUGUAGACUCCAACAGUAAGGAUUUGCACAGAAUUUCAGAUUUUCCAUUUCAAUCUUCCAACUCUUUGAGACGUCUUGCAGAAGAGAUCUCUCUCGUGUUGUACAGAAUCUUACAAAUCAGACACUGUUGAAAUUAAUUUUUCUGCUCCAGUCUGGUAGAUUGUAGCAAUGACCUAGAAGUGGGUGUGGGAACUGAUGAAUUCUAAAAAUGUUGUGUUGUUUGAGUUUUUUUUUGUAAACAGCUUGAGCUGUUGAUCAAGAUAGACUGUACACUUCUCAGGUGAUUGGGACUCUAGACAAUUUUGGUUUCUCUGAAUUUUAAUAAAAUCUUUUUAGAACA